AUGUCAGAUGUUGAUACAAAAAUAGAAUUGGCAACUGAUUCAGCCAUGGAUAUAACAAGCCCAGAAAAUGAUAAUAAUAAAACAACAGCAACAGCUACAUCAUCAUCAGAAACUCAAACUACAGAAGAUAUUUUAAAAACAGAGACUCAAAAACAAAAAGAUGAUUUUUAUCUUAGAUAUUAUGUUGGACAUAAAGGUAAAUAUGGUCAUGAAUUUUUAGAAUUUGAAUUUAGAUCAGGAAAUAAAUUAAGAUAUGCGAAUAAUUCUCAUUAUAAAAGUGAAAAUUUAAUUAGAAAAGAAGUUUGUGUUAGUGAUGGUGUAAUUUCAGAAAUUAAAAAGGUGAUUUUAGAUUCAGGUAUAAUGUUGGAAGAUGAUAAGAAUUGGCCAGAACCUGAUGUUGUAGGUAAACAAGAACUUGAAAUCGUAUUUAAAGAUGAACAUAUCUCUUUUUCUACAACUAAAAUUGGUUCAUUAAUGGAUGUUGAAAAAAGUGAUGACCCAGAAGGUUUAAAAGUUAUGUUUUAUUUAAUUCAAGAUUUAAAAUGUUUAGUAUUUUCUUUAAUUGGACUUCAUUUUAAGAUUAAACCAAUCUAA